AGCCCGCGCCGCAGAGCGGGGCCCGCCAGCGCCACCCGCCGGCCGCGGGGCCGCACCCGCGCCUCCCCCCGUCCCCCCCUGCUCCGGCUCUCAAUGUUCCACACUGCCCGGCCACAGAGCCGCCGCCGCCGCCGUAUAGCCCCCCGGCCGCCUCCGUCCCCCUCCUCGGGCGCCGCGGGCCCGGCCCGGCCCCCCGCCAUCCCGCCCCUCCGACCCAGCAGCGGGACAGGACGCCGGCGAAGCUCCCCACGAUGUCCAGUGAUAGGCAGAGGUCAGACGAUGAAAGUCCGAGUACCAGCAGCGGUAGUUCAGAUGCUGAUCAGAGGGAUCCACCUGCACCCGAACCCGAAGAGCAAGAAGAACGAAAACCCUCUGCCACCCAGCAGAAGAAGAACACCAAACUAUCCAGCAAAACUACUGCUAAGCUAUCUACUAGUGCUAAAAGAAUCCAGAAGGAGCUAGCUGAAAUAACCCUUGAUCCUCCUCCUAACUGCAGUGCUGGUCCUAAAGGAGAUAACAUUUAUGAAUGGAGAUCUACUAUACUUGGACCUCCAGGUUCUGUAUACGAAGGAGGCGUUUUUUUCCUGGAUAUCACAUUUUCAUCUGACUAUCCAUUCAAGCCACCAAAGGUUACUUUCCGUACCAGAAUUUAUCACUGCAACAUCAACAGUCAGGGAGUCAUCUGUCUGGAUAUCCUGAAAGACAACUGGAGCCCUGCUUUGACUAUUUCAAAGGUUCUGCUGUCUAUUUGUUCUCUUCUGACAGACUGCAACCCAGCUGACCCUCUGGUUGGAAGCAUAGCCACUCAGUACCUGACCAACAGAGCAGAACAUGACAGGAUAGCCAGACAGUGGACCAAGAGAUACGCAACAUAAAUGACAAACUACUUGUGCAGUGUGAAGGUGCAGAAGGCAACUUUGCAGUGUGCAACAAAUCUUUAUAGCCUUUACAAUACGGACUUCUGUGUAUAUGUUAUACUGAUUCUACUCUGCUUUUAUCCUUUUGAAGACUGGGAUACUGCCCCCCAAAAAGGUAAAUGCUAUCAAGAGUAGAAAUUUGUAGCUGUAGAUUAGUUAUGUUUAAAAUGCCUACUUGCAAGUCUUGCUUCUUUGGGAUAUCAAAAUGUAUUUUGUGAUGUACUAAGGAUACUGUUCCUGAAGUCAACCAAAUAUUAUAGUGCAUUUUAGCCUAAUUCAUUAUCUGUAUGAAGUUAUUAAAGGUAGCUGUAGAUUACUAGGAAUUAUGUCAUUUGUAUUAAACCCAGAUCUAUUUCCAAUAUGUGGUACAUGCUGUUGUGAAAACUGUUUUAACUUUUACCUUUGUCAGUUUGUAAUGAAAGGAUUUCCUUUUUCCCUUUGUAGCUCAGAGAGCACCCAGUGUAUCAUCUCAAACACAAUAAACAUGUUCCCCAAGGA